CUGCACCGCUCCUCCAGGAUUAUGCCCGGGAUGACUCCGUGGUGAUUUCUGAGUCCUUUUUGGAAACAUUCAUGGGUGCACGACAGGAUUUCCCGAGUGGGGAAACGUGGGAUUUUGUCCACUACCGCUGUCGUUUCCACUGCGCGGACGGCUCAGGUUUUGACCACAACUUGGGUUAAACUUUUCCGAAAUACUCCGGUGUGAAGAAAGAAAGCCGGAUUUACAAUUAACUAUUUAACCUGGUGUUCUCUUCACACUGCCGGGGAUGAAGGCAGAUCGACGAACUAUGAAUUUUCUCUUAUGGAUAUUAGUCCCAAACUUUUUCCUGUGUUGGCUUGUGGUUGACGCACAGAUGGGGUUUGAUGGGCCGCUCUCUGCACAGGAGCAGAUGUACAUCCUGUAUGAAAUCAAAAUGCAGUGCUACCAGAAUCUCUCCAACACUGAACCAGGAACCACAGAUGAGGUGUGCCCUCCAGACUGGGACGGUCUGAUUUGUUGGCCCCACGGCUCCCCCGGGCUCAUCACCAAGGUCCCCUGCCCAUCGUACAUCUAUGACUUCAAUCACCAAGGACAUGCUUACAGGAAGUGUGACAUCAACGGUUCCUGGGUCUUUGUGGAGCAGUGGAACAAAACAUGGACCAAUUACUCAGAGUGUUUACGCUUUCUCCAGCCCUUCAGUGACGAAGAUGGGAGACAAGACUUCUUUGAGCGGCUGUACGUCAUGUAUACCAUUGGCUAUGCCGUGUCCUUCAGCUCUCUGCUAGUGGCCAUCAUGAUCAUUGGAUACUUCCGGCGUCUUCACUGCACCAGAAACUACAUCCACAUGCACCUCUUUGUUUCCUUCAUGCUACGAGCAGUCAGCAUCUUCGUGAAGGACAAAGUUGUGUAUUCCAGGGCGGGAUUGCAGGACUUGGACUCUGCUCUGCUCGACAGCUUAAAAACUGUUAGCAUAGCAUCACUGGACAAGUCGCAGUAUAUUGGCUGCAAGGUGACUGUGCUGCUCUUCAUCUACUUUCUGGCUACCAAUUACUACUGGAUUCUGGUAGAAGGCCUUUACCUCCACAGUCUCAUCUUCAUGGCCUUCCGAUCAGAUUCCAAAUACCUCUGGGGUUUGAUACUCAUCGGAUGGGGUGUUCCAGCUGUUUUUGUGGCAGUGUGGGCGAUCGUCAGGGCAACAGUGGCAGAUGCAAGGUGCUGGGAGUUGAGCGCUGGGAACAUCAAAUGGAUCUACCAGGUUCCCAUCUUGACAGCGAUUGGGCUCAACUUUAUUUUGUUUGUGAACAUCGUGCGAGUUCUGGCCACUAAAAUACGAGAGACGAACGCAGGGCGAUACGACACCAGGAAACAAUACAGGAAACUGGCAAAGUCCACUCUUGUGCUCGUGCUGGUGUUCGGCAUCCACUACAUCAUCUUCGUUGGGAUGCCUCAUACAUAUCAGGGACCAAGCUGGGAAAUCCGAAUGUACUGUGAGCUGUUUUUCAACUCAUUUCAGGGCUUCUUUGUGUCAAUUAUCUAUUGCUACUGCAAUGGAGAGGUUCAGACAGAGAUAAAGAAAACAUGGACACGGUGGAAUCUUUCCUUUGAGUGGGAGGGUCCAGUUGUGUGCGGCCGCUACCGUUAUGGAUCUGUGGUCGUAGGUCUGAACAACAACAGCACCAGCAGCCAGUCCCACCUGGCUGGUGCUGGGCCGUCCACACGCUCCACCACGCUCGUUUCCAGCCGCGUUUACCGGAGCACAGGUCCAACCGCGAUCAGCAUGCGUGCCACCCUGCCAGGAUACGUAAUCAGUAACUCGGAUCCAUCCAUACCCGAGGAGCCUGAGGACAGUGGUCCCAAGCGGGUGGAUGAUAUCUCACUGAGGGAAAAUCUGCCUGUUCUAAAUAUGAGCGGAACGGCUGAUGAUGAGGAGGAAACGCUGUAGCAGACAUCAGACCGUUUACUCCUGUGUUAUUCAAACUCUGAAGAGGGAUGCAAAGACAAACCAAAAGUGUCACUCUGCAGACAAGAAGAGGAAAAAAUGUCCCGGACAUUCAUAAGAAGAAGAACUAACGUGAACCUUUUAUACAGUACUGUAAAUUGUGAAGAAAUGUUAACUGUUGUCAUUGCUAUACUGUUUUUGCUGCCAACGAUCACCAAAAUGCUGACUUUUAAACUUCUACACACAGAGCCUUUAACAGCGCACACAGGUCACGGUGAAAAAUGAACACUGAGCCAGAGUCACAGCCCCACACAUCACAGUACAGCCGGCACUUUCAGCAAAAGCUGUUGAUGGCAGACUGUUUACUUACGAACAUCAUUUGUUGGAGCGUAAGCAGGCUGGCUGAUAAGUGCUACAAGUUGGCAACACUGCUGCUACUCCAGACCCUUUAUCUGACAGUGGCUUAUUACCUUCAGACAUUUCCAAAUGACAGGAGGUGAAAAGCUUUUGAGCACCUAGUUUAAAAAAGGACUAAAAUAAUUAAGUAAAAAAUAAAACAAGUUUUUUCCUCAGGGAGGGCAACACCACAGUGCCCUCUAUUGCAUCACAGCCACUGGAGGUUAGCUUGGAAACACACUGUAGCAUGUUUAACAGCGGUCGUCUGACGUUAUGGAAAUUUCAGCAUCUUUUCCAGCCAUCACCUUGAUUGUACAGUAUAUCACAUGAGUGCCACAUCCAAGCUAGACUCGCACAGCAACGCAAAAAUAGACGUUACGGAUUGGAUGGUGAGGUGAAAACACAGCAUGAGCAGCAUGAUAG